AUGAAAGCCGAGAGUUCGAAAGUCACCAAGAGACAAUUGUCUCCAGAAACACUCGAGCUGAUACGCCUGCGUGGAAUUGCACGAGCAGCGGACAACCGCGAACUAACGUCCAAACUUGCAAAACAAUGCAGACAGGCGAUAAAAGAAGAUUUUAAAGAGGCAAGAGCAGCAGUAAUGGUCUAUGCUGGAAAAGAUGGGAAGAGCAUUCGCAAUGCCCACUGA